CAAUCAAACCGACCCGCCCCGACGGCUCGCAGACGGGAAGCACAAUGAUCACAACUUCUCCAGCAGCUGUGGAGCGGGACCUCUGUGGCAUCACGCAGUAUCAGCGAGCGACAAACGUCCAAAAUGUGAAGGAAAAGCAGCAAUACACCGCUUUCUGAAAGUAGGUGUGCACCGGAGAAGUGUCGCGGUCUUUGAGCGAUGCCUAAAGUUGCUGUUACGCGGCAGGGACGCGCGAUAUUCUGUGCGUAAAAGUGCGUCGAAGAGAAGUAAAACUUUGUUUGCGGUGGACGAAACGUUCAGUCGGAUGCGAUGGAUGCGUCAGUGAGCCUCUGGGACGUAAUGAAAAGCUGACACUGUGAGAAAAAGAAUCGUUUCGAGUCUCUACAGUUGGUGUCCGCUUGCCAAAGUUUUGGGAAAGCGCCGGAGCGGAGCGCGCAGCGGGGCAGCAGAUGCUGGACAGUGACUAAGCCUUGCGCCUGGAAAGCUCAUGAAUUGAACUUGUCUGGACUGCAGACUUUAUGUAAGAAGUAGGACAAGCGCAACACCGCCCAACUCGUUCUUUCCGUCAUGCGUAGAGACGCGCUGUCGCCCAGCACCUCGCUGUUAUGAUAGACACCAGCACCGAGCGCCCGAUUCUCCAGAAAGUCGCAGCUAAGCGAGGCCACAACUCCUGCGGGAGUUAGUGGAAAGUUUUCGUCGUUUACAUCCUUCUGUCUACCUCUUCUCAACAUGGACGAGAGCGUCGAGUGCGGCGCGGCUGACGGCUGCUCGGACGGGGAGAGCGUCAGCCUGAGCGUGCUCAACUGGGAGCAAGUGCAGCGGCUGGACACCAUCCUCACCGGCUCCAUCCCCAUCCACGGCCGCUGGAGCUUCCCCACGCUGGAGGUGAAGCCGCGGGACAUCGUCAAGGUGGUCCGGAGCCGCAUGGAGGAGAAGCGGAUACAUGUCCGGGAGGUGCGUCUGAACGGCUCCGCGGCCAGCUACGUCCUGCAUGAGGACAGCGGUCUGGGCUGGAAGGACCUGGACUUGAUAUUCUGCGCCGAGCUGAAAGGAGAGAUGGAGUUCCAGAUAGUGAAAGACAUAGUCCUGGACUCUCUUCUGGACUUCUUGCCGGAGGGGGUGAACAAGGAGAAGAUCACACCAGUGACCUUAAAGGAGGCCUACGUGCAGAAGAUGGUGAAGGUGUGCAAUGACUCAGACCGCUGGAGUCUCAUCUCCCUCUCCAACAACCGCGGCAAGAACGUAGAGCUGAAGUUCGUGGACUCUCUCCGGCGGCAGUUCGAGUUCAGCGUGGACUCCUUCCAGAUCCGGCUGGACUCUCUCCUACUCUUCUACGAGUGCUCUGAGCACCCUAUGGCCGCCACUUUCCACCCCACCAUCCUCGGGGAGAGCGUCUACGGCGAUUUCCCCACCGCUCUCGAUCACCUGCGCAGGCGCCUCAUCUGCACGAGGAGCCCGGAAGAGAUCCGCGGCGGCGGUCUGCUGAAGUACUGCCACCUGCUGGUGCGUGGCUUCCGCGCAGCGUCGGGCACCGAGAUGAAGCUGCUGCAGCGCUACAUGUGCUCGCGCUUCUUCAUAGACUUUCCCGACGUGAGUGAGCAGAGGAGGAAGCUGGAGUCGUACCUGCAGAACCACUUCGUGGACCUGGAGGACAGGAAGUAUGACUAUCUGGCCACGCUGUACGAGGUGGUGCAGGAGAGCACCGUGUGCCUGAUGGGCCACGAGAGGCGGCAGACUCUCAGCCUCAUCUCCUCGCUGGCGCUGCGGGUCCUGGCUGAGCAGAACGCCAUCCCGAACGCCGCCAACGUCACCUGUUUCUACCAGCCGGCUCCUUAUGUCUCGGAUGGCAACUUCAGCAACUAUUACGUGGCGCAGGUUCAGCCGGUCUAUCCCUGUCCUCCCUCACCUCCUCAGCAUUAUCUUCCUCCUACACAACAUCCCAUGUACGCCACCUGGUUGCCCUGUAACUAAACUUAUGUGCUCUCAUGCACCUCGGCCCAACAGGUGGAACUCAGACCUCCUUAAAACAGGAUGAGUGAUGACCUUUUUUAUCUCUUCCUUGAGAUUGUAAAUUGAGGGAAAUGAGGGACGGAAAACCAGGAGGCAAAACUAAACAAAGAGAUAAAUGAAGAGAAUAAAGGAAGGAGGGGGAAAUGAGGACAAGGAAGCUGGAUGGAGGCAACGGGCCAGAGGAAGGCUUUUCCCCUGGGUAGGAUGCCACAGCCGGAGGAGCUGAGCACACAGGGCGAGAAGCCAACGAGAGAGGCUGACCCAUCAGUUGUAGGGUUCGCUCAUCGGCGCUAAGGCUGAUUUGUUGGACCGAAACCAGUAGGACACGAUGAUAUCCCAUGUCUGUUACGAGUUACAGCCCACAGAGACUCACUUUUCAAAUGACGAACAUGACAUUCACUCAGAAAACCCAAAAUAGACAUACAGCCACAGACAGUAAAUGGAGGACACGCGUUGAAGACAUUGAUUCAUAGUCGCACAGUUGCAACCCUCUGACCAUUUGCACUGUGUGUGUGUGUGUGUGUGUGUGUGUGUGUGUGUGUGUGUGUGUGUGUGAGUGAGCUUGUACGCAGGACUCCUUUUCAACAGACAAUGCAAAAUGAGGAACUGGAUACUUGUUUACAAAUCCAAAGAUCUACUUUGAUACUCAACUUUAUCCAAAUUCUGAGAGAGAGUCAAAAAAGAAGAAAGAAACAACAAAACAAUGCAUGCUUUAUUUCUGUACAGGAAUAACUUUUAAGUGCCUAGAUGAAACCUAAAAGGGAAAGAGAUAUUUUUGCGAUUCUGUAUCAUUAGAGAACUGUCGAGCUGUUUAAUUGACCUUUUUCGCGGAGAUGAUGGAUGUGCUGAUGUACCGUGGAGCAGUGAGUGAGAUCUCUAACACUGAGGGAGGUUUUUGGACCAACUUUCUUCUUGUUUGACAAUGUUUAUUCAAAGACUCUGCUCUUAUCUGCAGUCAUGCUGGACAAGCACACAUCCUGAUUACCAAAGGGGAAGCAACAACAUAAUCUCAUCAUCUGUGCAGAGAGAGAGAGAGAGAGAGAGAGAGAGAGAGAGAGAGAGAGGUUGUAAUCGAAAAUGCUUAUAAGGGCUAAAUAGAUGGACAUUUUCUGAUUAAUGUACAGAGAAAGAAAGAGGUUUGGCAGAGAAAGAGCAAAUAAGAGAGAGCAUAGAGCGCUCUUAUCUGCAUUUUUAUUAGAUUGCAAAAUAGAGUGGACCAGUGCACAGCCUGUUACCAAAGAGCCAUUCCUCACAGAGAAGAGAUAAUCUAGUCAUGUGUGGAGGAUGAAAUGCUACAAAAUGAAAUCUGUUUGGAUAUGUAAACACUAUGCCCAUAAUUAAUUUACAGUCACAUGGCAUCCUUUAUCAGAAUGCAUUCAACCUACAACUGAAAUGGCUAUUAAUUAAAUUUACAGCUCAAGCCUCUUUAAAGGUGCCCUGUGGAGUUUUCUUGAAAACACACAAAAGUUACAUUUACAUUUAGAUUACAUUACAGUGUACAUCCUUCAUUCUAUUAAAUAAUCCAUGUUUGCUUGUUGUUUUUUAAAGGAGACCCAUUAAGCUUUUUCAUUCUUUUCCUUUCCUUCCGUGUGUUUUAUUGGUUCUUGUGCACAUAAACAAUCUUGGAAGUCCGCAGCAAAAGCAGCUCAUCUCUCCCUCAGAAAACACUGCACCCGAACAAUUCCUCAGUAGCCUCGCCUUUAACUCUGUGACUUAGUGACAUCACACUAUGUCAAGGGGUCACACAUUUGCGUAAGUUUCUCUAGCGGCUUAAAGAGACAGGAGAUAAAACUGAGCGUUUCAGACAGACCGCAGCACCAGACCGUAUGAGCAUUAAAGCAUGUAAACCUAUUAUAGUGGAACCGAAAAUGCAAUUAGGAACCUGAAAAUGAGCACAAUAUGUCUCCACCAACUGUCACACAGUGGAAUCACACAAACUUGAUGGCAGGAUAUUAAUCACUACGGAUGCUUUGUGCAUCCUUGAACGGCAAGAGAAAAAAAAAAAAGUCACAAGAAAAUGUUGUUCCACAGCACUACCAGUGGUCAUAAUCUCCACAGGGUACCUUUUUAAGAAUCAAAUACAUGUAAAGCAGAUAUGCAAUUAGUUUAAAAUGCAUUUUGAGACGGGGACACUUAAAUUACACUGGAGAGUUUUAAUAGACUGAGUUGAGGCAUACUACUGGUUAGAGUCGGAGAGCCAGCAGUCGAGAACAUGUUCAAGCCUCAAAGAUGAUGUAAGCUCAUUAAAUGUUGGCCAAUGUACAUUUCAUCUCCUCGUUUAUGGAAAAUAGUUAAAGUGUGGGGUGUGAGGUAAUUCUGGGCAGCACGAGCAGAUGACAGCUGUCGACAUUGUAUCUCCUAGCGUGGAAAAGCACAGAACAAAAGUGCAAAAGAUAAAGACUAGUACAGAUAAAGACCACAGGGAUAUCUGAACGACAAUAAGAAAGGUUGGCAACGAGUGAUUUUUUUGUGAUAACAGGUGUACUUUUUCAGCUUCACGAGCGCACGAGACUCAUACAUGUCAGAUCUCCUAUUUUUCUAUCAAUCUCUAUUUUUGUACAGUUUGUGUUUGGCUGAUGUAGCAGGCAGAUUUAAAAGCUGUGUCGUUGAGUCUAUUAUGUGAUGUGUGCGAAUUUGUGUUUUACUUUUGGCUGAUGAAGAGAAAGAGGGAGAGAGAGAGAGAAAGAGAGAGAGAGAAAGAGUCAGACACGGUGGCUACGCUGAGAUGCAGAUUUAACUUGUGUUCAGUAACAUGUAUGCGUGCUCGGAGCUGUUUCAUAUGAGUUUCUGUUGCUGCAAAGAGAUUGUUUCACUGUUCUUCAUGUGUUUUUAAACUGCUGUCCUGUUUGGACAUGAAAUGAUCUGAUAAUUCUGUUCAAGUUGACCGACUUGAGAAUAAUAAAAAAAAAAAAUCAUGGCACAAGA